AGUAUCUUAAAACAAAAAAUAUCCUCAAAAGUCAAAAAUUUGCCUCUUUAAAAUCUUAGAUUUUUUUAUGUUUUUUACUAUAAAAAGAUCAUUUUUUCUUUAACCCUUUUUGUUUUUAUUCCUCAAUUUAUCCGAAAAUUUAGUCUUCUGGCUGGAUUUUUUAUAUCAAAAAAGAAACUUUUUAUGUGACCCUUUUGAAUUUUCUCUAUCAUAUGCACCGAUUUCUCAUGAUUGUGAUUAAUUUCUAUAUAGAUUUGAUAAAAUUUUCUUUUUAAGUAAAAGGGUUUUUUUAUAGUUUAAAAUUCAUCAUUUUUCUCAUUUCAAUCCUUAAAGAACUUUGUGUGAAGUGAUCAAGAACAUGGGAUCAAGUGUUUCUCCGAAUCUUGAAUGUUGGAAACUAAGAACUCUUUGUUCUUUUCCCUCUGAUUCAUGGAAAUCACCACGUUCUGUUUCAUCUCUGCCAUUGAAACAUAUCACUCACAAGAACAAAAUCUUGAGGGGUAAAAGGGUAAAUCGUGCUUGUUCUUGUUCUGCUUCUCUUUUUGAUGAUUUCCAUUUUCUUAAUGAUGAAAAAAGAAGAGAAAUUUUGGAACCUUCUUUUCUUGGUAUUCAGCCAGAACCACCUAGUUGGCCAGAGAGAGAAGAGAUUUUGAGAUUAAGUUUUGAAAGAAAAGUGAAAAGUGUUGGAAUUCCUUUAUCUAUUAGGAUGAUUAAGAAGAAGUUACAAUUAGAAGAAGGUUUUAAAAAUGAAGUAAAUGAAUUGAAUAAUUGUUCUGUUAAGAAAAGUUUUUCAUCUUUAUUGUUUAUGCUUCAUGAGCUUCAAAAUCAUGCUUUGGAAACAAGAGAAUCAAUUUGUGGUGAAGAUUUGAAAAGUGUUAUGGUUAAGUUAAAUAGAGAAAUGGAUGAUUCAUUUGUUUGGUUGUUUCAACAAGUUUUUAGUGAAACACCAACACUUAUGAUUGAUGUUAUGGUUUUCCUAAGUAACUUUUCUGUGUUUUCUAUGAGUCACAACAACACUGCUAAAGAUGUUACUAAUUCAUCGAUGAUGAACGAAGUUCUACACGGUGUUAUUGUUCAAGAUGAGUGUGUGAAGGAUGAGUUGACAGAAGAGGAAGAAAAGUUAUGGAAUUUUAUGUUGGAGGAAGCAUCAAAGAUGCAAAAAGUGUUGAGGGGUGAGGAUUUGGACUAUGAAACAAUGAUGAAGCUUGUGUCUCAAGUUUCUGUGGAGAUUGAAGGGGAUCAAUAUGAGGAAUAUGAGAAAACUGAUGCUUAUUACAAAAAGCAUAUAAGUCUCACACCUUAUAAUUCACUUCUUCUGUCUAACUAUGCACAGUUUCUCUUCCUUGUCAUGAAGGACAAUGAUGGUGCUGAAGAAUACUACAAACAAUCAGUGGUAGUGGAUUCACCAGAGGGUGAAGCAUAUUGUAGAUAUGCUGAUUUCUUGUGGUGGAUAAGAAAAGAUACUUGGGCAGCAGAACUAAGGUAUCUACAAGCAUUGGAAGCAGAUCCUGGAAACACUUUUUAUUUAUCAAAGUAUGCUAGUUUCCUUUGGAACACUGGUGGUGGACAACAAGAGAAUAGUACUAGCUUUCCUAUAGAAGAAUUAGAUAACUUACAAAUAUGAUAAUAAUUGUCCAUAUCAUCCAUCUAUAUAUCCCACUUUACUAUAUGUUGUUUUUCUUCAUAUUUUUGUUUUAUUUAAUGGAAAUUUUCAAUUUUGCUA